AUGCAUCCAGAAAUACAGAAAAUGAGGGAAAUUGUCCUUAUUUACCUUGACAGAAGUGGUGGCCUUCAGAAAUUUGUGCAUGAUUGCAAAAAAUAUAAUGACUCAAAACAAAGUUAUGCUGUUUAUCGAUUCAUUAUUUCAAUAAAUCCUUCUGAUAUUGCUGAACUAGAUGCAACACUUGGAAACUACAUUCUUCAUAAUCCCAUACAAGCUACACAGAUUUUUCAGUCAGUAUGUUUUGUCGCUAUUAAAACAUUGACAUUAAUAGAACAAUUGCAAACAGCGGCCCAGGUUAGUAUACUGCUGAAACCAACACAUUUGCCAUCUUUACCAAGUUACAUUCUGAAUCUUUCUGCGUUUCCCUUUAAUUACACAUCUCAAAGAUUUUAUGAGUCUGAAGGAAUAGUAAUUGCAAUGGGAACUGUAACAAAAUACACACAAGGAGCAAGAUUUCUUUGUACUGGGGAAACCUGUCCAUUUUCUGAAGGAUUUAGGUAUGUAAGAGUGCAUGUGCCUGGAGCUACAGAAUCUGCCACAGUGAGGAAUGAUUUUGUUUGUAGCUUGUGUUCUUCACCACUGCAAGAAGAUAUGAAGUUUAGAGUACUUGGUGAUAAACAAAUAGUUGAAAUGAUUGAUGCGAAAGCACUGAAUGCUUUAAAAGGAUAUUCCAACAAUUAUUCACAUUUUAGGAUUCAGGCUUUUACAGUUUUUUUGAGAGAUGAACUGGCCAAUAGAAUGACAGUAGGAAACCACUACAAGAUCAUAGGAAUUCCAGCUUGCGUACAAAAUGGUUCACAAGCUACAGUAUGUAUAGAAGUCAGUAGUAUACAGCAGUGUAAACCAAAUGGUCCUACUUUUAUCAGCAACAAUUUUAAGCAUUUACUGUCACUGACUUCAAGUUCAUGCUGGAGGUUUACAGCCAUACUUGCCAAUAUCUUUGCUUCUCAAGUUGUUCCGCCAGGCACUUACAAUACUCUCAAACUCACAGUAUUGCUGAGCCUAGUACUGACAUGUGAAAAAGACAACGAGAUAGCAGAUUACCUGGAUCUCUUGAUUGUGACAAGCGACACUCUAAUAAUUGAUAGGCUUCUGAAUUACAGCAUUUGUCUUCUGCCUCGUGGCAUACGACACCCAUCCUCUAGUGAAAUUUUUCCUGCCGUAUCCAAAGAUAAACACAGAACUGGAAGUGCCAGUAUUCAAGCCUGCAGUGCUCUGCUGGCUAAGGGUGGCAUCUGCUACAUAGGAGACUUAGCUUCAUAUAAAAAGGAUAAGCUGGAAUUUCUACAGUCAGUGCUGGAGAGCAGAACAACAACAAUAUUCAUUCCUGGGAAGAAGUAUGGAGAAGAAGCUGACCAGCAAGUUACUAUUCCAGUUCAGACUAACUUUUGGUCUUACGUAGAUGUGGAUGCUUCCUCAAAGAAACAUACACAAAAGGAUAACUCUUUAAUUGGACAGAUGGACUUGAGUUUGAUUUCACCUAACCUUCUAGAUGUUUUUGGGCUUUUGAUAUACAAUGAAUUUCCUUCUUGUCAACUGUCUUUUCCUCUCGUGCAUCAUAUCUUGAAAAAAGCCAUUAAUCCUGAAGCAAUGCUGUACAGAGUCUCACAACAGUUCAGAACACAGGAUUAUGAGGAGUUUAUUUUGUUCGCUAAGAAUCUUCAUGUUGAACUGAGUUCAGAAGCAGAAAACCUAAUUCAGGGCUACUAUCUUGCAAGUCGCAGAGUGAGAAGAGAUGCUAUUCAUGGAUCAAAAUUAUCAGCAUCUGCAUUAAAAAUUCUGAUUUCACUGUCUAAGGCUCAUACUAAAUUAAGUUUAAGAAAAAAAGUACUUGAAGAAGAUGCAUUGAUUGCCAUCUUAUUACUUGAAUCAUCUCUCACCUUAAAGCAUGGUAAGUCUGCACUAUGUGUAGCACCAAAUGCUGUGUUUCCAUUUGACCUCAGUGAUGAAAACUCCCUACAACAGAGAGAUAUUUACCUAAUGCAGUGUCACCAUCAACUAUUGAAGUUUAUUGGUACAUACAGUCCAGGAAUUCAUGUUACCACUAAUGAAGAGUGA